UGGAUCUACAAGCAAGUGCGGGCUCGACAGAAUGAGUUCACCCAGUACCAGAAGGCUACCCUUUUUACCGGAACAUGGAACGUCAAUGCUAAAGGCAAGGAACAGGCAUUAGAUCCAUGGAUAUGUGCUAACUGGGGAGCAAAUCGCGAGUACGCGCCCGACAUUGUUGCUGUUGCGUUUCAAGAAAUUGUGGAUCUCAACGCUGUCAAUGUAGCGGUCGACAAUAAGACGCAACAACGUUCACACUUCUGGAUUGAGCGUCUCAACAUGACUCUGAACAACCCUCAGUUUACACAAAACGAUCCAAGCCGGAGUUACGUUCUUUUGACGCAAAAGUCCAUGGUCGGACUUUUGAUCUGUGUUUUCGUUAAGGGUGCCCAUAAAUCUCGUAGCCGCUACGUGAGUGCUGCCUCGGUUGGUGUAGGUGUUGGUGGGUUUUUGGGCAAUAAGGGCGGUGCAAGUAUUCGGUUACAGUUCUACGAUUCAACCUUGUGCUUUGUUUGUAGUCACUUGGCCGCCCAUCGAGAAAAUGUAGCGGGACGUAACGCUGAUUUCGCAAACGUGUUUCAAAAGACUUCGUUUCAAGUUGGAGAAGAAGCGAUUCGGGAGGUUAUUCGAUCAGGGUCUAUGUCGCACUGGGUCAUUGGAUCCUCUUCAGUCGGAAUCCAAGACCACGAUAUCGUUUUUUGGCUUGGCGACCUGAAUUACCGCAUCGACGAAUCAAUGGGAACCGAGAAAGUGCUGCAACUUUCAGAAAAAGGUACUUUCGAUGAGCUUCGAUCCUUGGACCAGUUGAACAUUGAGCGAGCGGCUGGUAGGGUGUUCGUUGGUUUCGAAGAGGGCCGGUUGAAUUUCAGGCCAACCUACAAGUACCAACCUGGUACAGACAUGUACGAGCAACGACCUGACAAAAAACUUCGAGCGCCGGCAUGGUGCGAUCGCAUUUUGUGGAUGGCACAGGAACCGAACUACGUUCAGCAAUUGACAUACGGUCGAAGUGAGGAACCAAAUAUUUCCGAUCACAAAGCUGUGUAUUCCACCUUUCGGGUUACCGUCAAGGACGUUGUUCAGCAAAAACGGGAAGCUAUCUACACUGAUUUGAUGAGACUCCUGGAUAGAUAUGAGAACCAAACACUACCUGUCGUUGGUCUGGAUCGGGUCAGUUUAGAUUUUGGGGAAGUACACUAUGGCCAAAGUGUCACACUACCGAUCCAGAUUACGAACACGGGGACGGUUAUCGCACAGUAUCGCCUUGUUCCUAAGCUCGAUGAGAAUGCUGUCUGCAAACCUUGGAUGAGAAUCACCCCCAUGUUUGGCAUGCUAAUUCCAGGUGACAACCCGGCUUCGAUCGAAUUCACACUGACUAUUGACAAUACCACAGCCCAAAAUCUUAACUCUGGACGCGAAGUCUUGGAGGAUGUUCUUAUUCUUCGUCUUGAAGGAGGUCGUGACUACUAUAUCAGCGUCAAAGCAACGUAUGCAAGAUCUUGUUUCGGUAUGUCAGUCGACGAACUUGCCCUGUAUGCCGAACCAAUCCGUUCCAUUCCGCUCGAUCCCAUCAAACGCGCUGAGAAAUUCGAUCCCAGUGCCGCUGCAGCAUUGUGUAUACCGAAAGAACUAUGGCGCGUUGUUGAUGCAAUCCACGAAAAAGGGCUACAAACGGCGAACUUGUUCAUCGAGCCAGGUAUUCCGAACGAAGUGAACCAGAUUCGGGAGUGCCUCGACACGGGGAGUACCUUUGGCCAUUUCGGUAUACACUCGUAUGCAGAGAUAUUUGUUUCUCUUCUCUCUGGAUUGUCUUCGCCAAUUGUGCCAGCAUCGCUUUUCCCCACAAUAGAAGUGGACUCACAGACGAUUCAGGCUACCGCUCGACGCCUUUUGGAAGAACUCCCUCCCAUUCAUUACAAUACUUUUGUUUAUGUCAUUUCAUUCUUCCGUGAGGCUCUUCUGUUUCGCGAACAAAAUCGGUUAUCGGCGACGAAACUGGCCCGUAUC